UCCCGUGACGCUUCUUAACCUCUGUUUUAUAGACACAUACAAAUUAUGGCAUUCCUUUUCCACACACGCUCCCCUUAACUUAACCAGUAAUUGAAAUCAUAAGCCCCAGUCCCAUCCAUCAAUUUCACGAGGUGUUCGAGAAAAUGCUUAGUACGGAAUCGUUUCUGAGGCAGAUAAGUAGAAGGGAGGGGUCUCGGUCGGCUUCGAGGAGGUGGGGUGGGGAGUUUAGAAGAAGCGUAGGUGAAGAGAGUGUCAGUGAGGGGUGGCGUUGGAGUCAGAAGAUGGAGGGUGGUGUUAACAAUAUGUAUGGGAUCGACAAUGGUGGGAUGUCGAGAAAGAAGAGGGUGAUGGUGGUGGUGGAUCAGACUUCGCAAUCCAAUCAUGCAACUAUGUGGGCGCUCACUCAUGUGGCUAACAAGGGCGAUGUUCUCACUCUUCUUCAUGUUAUCACCGAUUCUACUUCGUCUUUUGCAGAUUCUUCUUCUUCUUCUUCCUCUUUUUGUGCUACCUCUCUUGGUUCUAUCUGCAAGGCUUCUAGACCUGAGGUAGAGGUGGAGGUGCUGGUGUUAGAAGGACCGAAGCUGGCCACAGUGAUGAACCAGGUAAAGAAGCUGGAGGUGUCGGUGCUGGUUCUGGGACAGAGAAGGCCAUCAUCCUUUUUCAGCUGCUUCUGUGGGAGUGGUGGGGCGGGCGAUUUGGUGGAACAGUGCAUAAACAACGCAGAGUGCUUGACUAUAGGAGUUAGGAAGCAAAGCAGAGACAUGGGUGGGUAUGUAAUCAACACCAGAUGGCAGAAGAAUUUCUGGCUCCUCGCUUAGUUGCUGCUUAAGUUAGAGAGAGCUGAAGCCUGACCCCUUGGAAGUAAGUUGUAUUAAUCUAAUUAAUAAUAACCCUUCAGACUAGACUACUGUAAUCUGUAUAAUCCACUAACAAACUUACCAUUCUCCUAAGCGUUAACCGAAUGGAAUUGCAACUUUCUCUCUUAGUAAUCUACGAGUUUCAAGAAUAA